AGCAUUGUCGGGCGACUGGUCGCCGCCUCCGGCCACCUCUUCACCCCGUCUCGUGCGUCCAUACAUCAUCUCGUGCGUCCACCUCGUGCGUCCAUAUCGGUGCUCGUGUCGCUCCCCCGUGAACACCCUCGCCCUCGUCCCCGCCCCGGCAGUAGCCGCACGAUGCGCGCGUGGUAUUCGAUCAUCAUCAUGUUCCUCCUCGGGGGCCUCGCCCCGAAGGCGUCCGGGCAAGAGCUCGCCAAGCUCGUCGCGAGCGACGCCGCGGAGGAGGACUACUUCGGCCGGUCCGUCGCCGUCAGCGGCGACCUCGUCGUCGUCGGGGCGAACCAGAACGACGCCGCCGGCAUCGACUCGGGCUCGGUCUACGUCUUCCGCACGACGAACGGCGGCGCCUCCUGGACGCAGGUCGCCAAGCUCGUCGCGAGCGACGCCGCGGCGGACGACGAAUUCGGCGGCUCCGUCGCCGUCAGCGGCGACCUCGUCGUCGUCGGGGCGGACGAGAACGACGCCGCCGGCUCGGCCUACGUCUUCCGCACGACGAACGGCGGCGCGACCUGGACGCAGACCGCCAAGCUCCUCGCGAGCGACGCCGCGGCGGGCGACCGCUUCGGCUAUUCCGUCGCCAUCAGCGGCGACCUCGUCGUCGUCGGGGCGUUCUAUGACGACGACGCCGGCUCCAACUCGGGCUCGGCCUACGUCUUCCGCACGACGAACGACGGCGCCUCUUGGACGCAGGUCGCCAAGCUCGUCGCGAGCGACGCCGCGGCGACCGACUACUUCGGCUACUCCGUCGCCGUCAGCGGCGACCUCGUCGUCGUCGGGGCGUACGGGAACGACGACGCCGGCUCCAAAUCGGGCUCGGCCUACGUCUUCCGCACGACGAACGACGGCGCCUCUUGGACGCAGGUCGCCAAGCUCGUCGCGAGCGACGCCGCGGCGAGCGACUACUUCGGCCGGUCCGUCGCCGUCAGCGGCGACCUCGUCGUCGUCGGGGCGUACGGGAACGGCGACGCCGGCAUCGGCUCGGGCUCGGCCUACGUCUUCCGCACGACGAACGACGGCGCCUCCUGGACGCAGGUCGCCAAGCUCGUCGCGAACGACGCCGCGGCGUACGACUACUUCGGCGACUCCGUCGCCGUCAGCGGCGACCUCGUCGUCGUCGGGGCGUGGGGGAACGCCGACGCCGGCGACUGGUCGGGCUCGGCCUACGUCUUCCGCACGACGAACGACGGCGCCUCCUGGACGGAGACCGCCAAGCUCGUCGCGUGCGACGCCGCGGCGGCGGACUCGUUCGGCGAAUCCGUCGCCAUCAGCGGCGACCUCGUCGUCCUCGGGGCGCGGCUGAACGACGACGCCGGCUCCGGCUCGGGCUCGGCCUACGUCUUCCGCACGACGAACGGCGCGGUCACGCCGACCUGCGGCAGCAGCACCGCCAGUGCCGUGAACAUGAUCGUCGUCGUGGCCGCGGUCGUCGCGGCCGUCGUCGCGGUUGCCAUCGUCUGCGUCUGCAUCAAGCGCCGCCGGACCAAGGCCGCCGCGGCUCGCGCGGACUUCAACGUCGAGGCGCCUCCGGAUCGCGACGACGCCUUCGCGGGCGACGGCCUCGAGACGCGCUCCGUCAAGGAGCUCAAGGCCGAGGCGCAGAUCCAAGCCUCCACCGGCGCGUCAAACGUCGCGGGCGCGGCGCGGCACUCCGCCUCGACGAAGACGCCCUCCGCGCCGCCCGCGAGCGCGAGUUUCGCG